UCGUAUGAGUCGUUUCUUUCGUGUAUUGUAUAAAUUUGUUAUUAAUAUAAUUGUGAUACUUUCUUAUUUCGUGUAAUUUCGUGAGAAUCACAGUUAUAUUUCAUCUUUAUAUUUGUUCUAAAUAUUAGAAGAUGUCUUACAACAGACAAUAUCGAACGCGCACCGCUGCUGGUCGCUACAAUACGCCGGGUCAGUUCGUGUCGGCCGGAGAGCAACAGCCCCAGCAGUUUGGGAAUACGCAGCAGCAGUCGAGCACGGUCCCCUCGUCGCCGAUGGCCUCGCAGCAGUUCAACCAGCCGCAGACGCCGCUGCCGAAGCCCCCGCAGACACAACAACCGCCACUGCCCCAGCAGCCGCCUCCACCGCAGGCUCAGGAGCAACAGCAACAGCAAGAUCAGAACUUCGGAACCAGUCAGCAACCCAGUAACUCCGACAUAGAGAUGAAAGUCGAGCUGGAAAUGGAUGACGCCAGCCUCGAUGGGAACUCUCGCCCUCACUGGAUGAAGUCCAAACUGCCCGGUGUAAAGAAGAUCAGCAAGAGAGAGAGGCGUCGCCGGCAGAACGAGCACCUCCGCCGUCUGCUGGUGCCCAAGAACGCGCUGAUGGUUCUCAACGAGAUGACCUUACACGAGCAAAUUAACAAUCACUUCAAAGUGGAGUUGGCAGACAGUAGCCCGUUCUUCAAAUCGCAGAACAAGCAUAACUUCUGCGCAGAUCUCACUCUGGAGGGACAAACCUACAAGGGAUACGGUGAGAACAAACUGAUGGCUCGCAACGCGGCCGCCGAGCAGGCCAUCAGGGAUCUCAUCAUUAAACGACUCUCCAAAGUGUGCGCCGACUCCAGCGGCGACGGGACAGAGUCUCAGAACGGCGAGAGUGAGGAGGAGACGCUGCCCAUGAUCCAGAUCGCGUCGUUCGCGCUCCACAAGCUGUUCCUGGAGUGGGAGUACGCCGGACACAAAGUGCCGCAGCUGCGCCCCCCGCCCGUAUCGUGCGAGUCGGAGGCGGAGGCGGAGUGCGCGGCGGCGCGCGCGGCGGUGGUGAAGCCCCCGAAGGCGGUGCCGGUGAACGCGUCGGCCAUGCACCCGUGCAUGCUGCUCACCUACAUGCGGCCGCACCUCGAGUACCGCGAGCUGGCCGUCGACGGCGACCGCCCGCAGAACAUGCUCUUCACGCUCGGGGUCGACGUCGACGGCGCCACCUACGUCGGGAAAGCGUCUAACAAGAAGGAGGCUCGUAAAGCAGCAGCUCGCGCGGCCUGCCAGGCUCUGUUCAACGUGAAGUUCGAUGACGUGCCCACCGCCAACACCCCCAUCGCGCCCCCCCCGCCGCCCCCCACCCACGACCAGCUCCAGCCGCAGUAGACGCACGCGUCUCCAUCUCUCAUCAGGGUUGCCGACUCUAGUUACAUCCUAUCGUAUUCUAGUGGACUUAGAUGCCUGCCGGUCUAGCUGAUGAUGAACAGCUGGGGCGG